UGCGCAGCUAGAGAAAAAAUGGCCACCGUUUGCUGUGGCAGUGAGGUUAAGUAGUUUUUUGUAAACAACAAUACUACAAAAAGCAAGUUGUAUUUGUUAUCACUAGAGAUGUGACUUUUUAAAACCAUAAAGGUGGUAAAAUGAUUAGUAGUUCCGAAUUUUUGGACUCGUGCUUUGAAGAGUUGGAUUAUGAGUAUAGUGAUGAAGAAAUUGACGAUUUAAAUCUCUCUUAUUCUGAGUCUGAAAAUGGGAUUUGUUUGCGGUCAGUCUCCCCAUUGCUGAUUCAUUUAUGUGACGAUGAAGAUUUCCCGUCAAAGAAAACACUGAGAAGAGAGUUUGUAAACUUUAGAAAAGUGCAAUCAAAACCUUUUUUUAAACGUAAAUGGAAGGCACGUACUUUUGGUUAUAUUAAAUUGUGGCGAAUUAGGUCAUCAGAUGCUUGUUUUGAUAUAAGGAAACGAAAUUCUGAAGAUUGUGAAGGAGAAAAGAAAAAACGUAUUGUAAAUAAGCUGUGUUCAUUUAAAGCCGUUAUUGGACCAAAAUUUCGUUCUUCAUCCAAGUUUAGUAAUGGACAAGAUGAGGAGUCACCUGAAGACAUUGACGCGUCUAUUAGCAUCACAUUUUUCAAUGAUUUAUGUUGCAAUUCUAGGGCAGGUAAGUGAUUUCAAUUUAAUUGCAAACAUAACUUUUUUUUUUAAAGUAUUGAAGAAAAUUGUACAUUUACUAUUGACCAUGAAUUUUAUGUUCUUAUUAGUUUUACAGGGUGUUUGAGGAUUGCGAGCAAAUAUUUUAUCCCCUAAUAGAACUCGUCAAAAGAAACAACUUUCGUUAUUCUAACUUUUGUCGAAAGCACGUCAUUUCUGAGUUAAAAUUAUGUCUUAAUACGAUGUUUACAAUCAUUCAUAAGAAAAAACUUUGGAACGUGAACAGAGUAAAGACAAAAAAAUUAUCGCUACUUUAAGCUAGAUCAGUGUCAAUGGUAGUUGUAAAUACUGAUAAUUUUUUUGAGGAAAAAGUUUUCUUUUUUUUUUAUAAAAACUUUCACUGUCAAUAUUCAAUGCAAAUUAUUUUCAUUGAUAUUUUUACUUCCAACUAACAAAGACAAACACACUGAACGGCUCGUGAAAAUCAUGGGGGGGAAAUUGCAAAAAUAAAAUUUGGAUACGGAAUUUAUUUGGUCUUCAAUUCGACUUUUCAUAACAACUUGUCUUAGUGGUUAAAAUAUUUGCUCACAAUCCACAAACACGCUGUAUAAUAUUAA